GUAAAGCAAAGCAGUUUGUGUUACAGCGGAGUCAAGUCAGGCCGGGGACUGGUCUUCCUCCGCCGCGCACGGCCUGCUCGCCGGCGAUGGCUCAUAACCCGCGAUACAUCCGCCGCCUCCUCCUCGUCGCCGCCGCCGGGGCCUUCAUCUACAUCCAAGUGCGGCUCUUUUCUACCCAGUCUCAUGACGCCGGACGCCUCGCCCUCGCGGAAGCAGGUCAACCUAAUCUCCCCGUUGCCGCUGUUGUCAUAAUGGCUUGCAAUCGACCAGACUAUUUGCAGAGGACAGUUGAAUCUACCCUCAAGUAUCAGAAAGCAGUUGCUUCAAAGUUCCCACUAUUUAUAUCACAGGAUGGAACAAAUGGAGAAGUUAAAAAUAAGGCCUUGAGUUAUGCCCAAAUAACAUUUAUGCAGCAUGUAGAUCUUGAACCUGUGCACACUGAAAGUCCAGGGGAAAACAUUGCAUAUUACAAGAUAGCUAACCACUAUAAAUGGGCAUUGGAUGAGCUACUCAUUAAGCAUAAUUUUCGUCGAGUAAUCAUUCUGGAAGAUGACAUGGAGAUCGCCCCAGAUUUCUUCGACUACUUCGAGGCUGCAGCGAAAUUACUUGAUACUGACAAGUCGAUAAUGGCUGUUUCUUCUUGGAAUGACAAUGGGCAGAAGCAGUUUGUUUAUGACCCAAAAGCUCUUUAUCGUUCGGACUUCUUUCCUGGGCUUGGAUGGAUGCUAACAAAGUCAACAUGGAUGGAGCUAUCACCAAAGUGGCCCAAAGCUUAUUGGGAUGAUUGGGUAAGGCUGAAGGAGGUACACGGAGGUCGGCAAUUUAUUCGACCAGAAGUAUGCAGAACAUAUAACUUUGGCGAGCAUGGAUCAAGCAUGGGACAGUUCUUCGAUCAGUACUUGAAACCAAUCAAGUUAAAUGAUGCUCAUAUUGACUGGAACUCCGAGGACCUGAGCUACCUCACGGAGGAAAACUUCUUGAUCAAAUUUGGGAAAGAUGUCGCUAAUGCCACACCUCUGCGUGGAUCCGAUGAUUUGUUGAAGGCCCACAAUCUGGAUAUGGACGUAAGGAUUCAGUAUAACGACCAGGGCGAUUUCGAGCGUGUAGCUCGUCAGUUUGGAGUAUUUGAAGAGUGGAAGGACGGUGUUCCACGGGCAGCUUACAAAGGCGUGGUGGUCUUCCGAUACAAGAGCAGUCGAAGACGAAUAUACCUUGUCGGCCCUGACUCUCUUCGUCAACUCGGGGUUUAACUUAGCGGUGCCGAGAUUCACACAGCAUGCUGGGCGGUUGAAAAUAUGAUUCUUCAAGUUGUAGCAUCAUAGGGACGUUGUAUGCUCAGAUUUUUAGAUACAGGUCAGCAUUGUAAAGUAUUAACUGAACAACAUACGUUGGUAUACGACGGCCAACAGUGACACCUGGAGCUAUGGUGUGCUACUCUAUGAGCUCAUCAUGGGCACCGGCGUGUCGAUGGGGAACCGCCCUGAGGAUGAGCAGAAGGUGUUGGACUGGGUCACUGGGCAAAGGCAUAUCGUCAGGUGUUGAUCUGAAUCCUAGUUAAUUGAGGUGCUUACAUAUAACUGAAUCCUUGUUUUUUUGACAUCUAUACCUGAACCUACACUAGCAUAUGUGCUGGUCUAUUGAGUGAUCUAUUCCACCCAAAAGAAUGACGGUCUGCAGCUUCAGCUGUAAAUGGACAUUAUUUAUAUGUUGUAAUCAGAGACUAUAUAUAUAUAUGUUGUAAUCCAAACAACUCGGUGCAUCGGCAUCAGUACAUUUUUUGAA